AUGGGCCGCGGCGGCGAAGAAGAGCCCGGGAGCCGGAUCCCGGGAAGGUCUCCUCUCGACCCCCGGAUGGGGCCCCCGGCAGGGUCUGAAAGGCGGGAUCUGAAAUUUGGAACUCGGAAUAAAUCUUCCUCCGGGGAGGUCGGAGGGAGGCCCGGGAAGAAGCCCCAGGCGGGAUUCCAGGGGAAGAUGUGGGGACGAUCCGUGAAGAUGGAAGCAAAGCUCUCUGAGGCAGAAGGAGCUCCGUCAGAGGAAAGUCAGAGGGCACAGGCCCAGGAGGAUGCCCGAGAUGCCCUGUCAAGUGGCAGUGAAGAGAUGUUGUCAACCUGUCGUCUUUUCAGAGGAGUGGAAACAGCUGCUUCACCGCUGGUCCAGGAGCAGAUGCAGAGGAGACAGCUGGGGAAUUCCAAGGGUUCUCUUUGGAAAAAGUCAAGAAUGAAGAUGCUGAAGGACACUUCGGAAAUGGAGCUGGACCACAGAAGCAGGAGGGAAGCCAAGCAGGAUUUCCGAGAAGUAAUUCACACGGUGAAGGAAACAUGCAAGUGCUUGGCAUGUGGAAUGAACUUCACGAAUAAAUCCCAGUAUAAUGUCCAUUUAGGAAUGCACAGUGGAAAGAAGACCCAUCACUGGCUGGAGUGUGGAAAGACCAUGAUUUGCAGAGCAGAGCUCCUUCGACUUCAAAGAACACAUAGAGGAAAGAAACCGUAUAGCUGCUCAGACUGUGACAAGAGAUUCUCAAAGAAAUUAGACCUUCUUCAGCACCAAAUGAUUCAUACAGGAGGGAAGCUAUUUAUUUGCUCAGGGAGUAGAAUGAAGCUCUCUGUGGGAGAAAAAGGUAAUAAAUGUUUUCCAAAGCACAGUAUAAUGAAUGCAUGUAAAUGCUUUUGGUGUGGAAACUACUUCAAAUACAGAUCACAGCUCCUUGUACACCAACGAAUCCACAGUGGGGAGAAGCCUUUUAAAUGCUCAGAGUGUGGGAAGAGAUUCAGUCAAAGGGGCCCCCUUGAAACCCAUCUAAGAACCCACAGAGGGGAGAAGCCUUUUGAAUGCUCAGAAUGUGAAAAGGAAUUCAGUCAAAAGGGCCUCCUUCAAACUGACUUAAGAAAUCAAACAGGAGAGAAGCCUUUUGAAUGCUCAGAAUGUGGGAAGAGAUUCAGUCGUACUGGCCAUCUUCAAACCCACCUAAGAACCCACACAGGGGAGAAACCUUUUGAAUGCUCAGAAUGUGGGAAGAGAUUCAGUCGCAGUGGCACUCUUAAAACCCAUCUAAGAACCCACACAGGGGAGAAGCCUUUUGAAUGCUCAGAGUGUGGGAAGAGAUUCAGUCGUAGUGGCAGUCUUCAAACCCAUCUAAGAACCCACACAGGGGAGAAGCCUUUUGAAUGCUCAGAAUGUGGGAAGAGAUUCAGUCGCAGUGGCCAUCUUCAAAGACAUCUAAGAACGCACACAGGCGAGAAGCCUUUUGAAUGCUCAGAGUGUGGGAAGAGAUUCAAUCGCAGUGCCAAUCUUCAAAACCAUCGAAGAACCCACACGGGGGAAAAGCCUUUUGACUGCUCAGAGUGUGGGAAGAGAUUCAGUUGCAGUGGCAAUCUUCAAACCCAUCUUAGAACCCACACAGGGGAGAAGCCUUUUAAAUGCUCAGAGUGUGGCAAGGGAUUCAGUCGCAGUAGCACUCUUCAAGAACAUCAAAGAACCCACACAGGGGAGAAGCCUUUUGAAUGUUCAGAGUGUGGGAAGAGAUUCAGUUUCAGUGCCGCUCUUCAAUCUCAUCUAAGAACCCACACAGGGGAGAAGCCUUUUGAAUGUUCAGUGUGUGGGAAGAGAUUCAGUCGCAGUAGCACUCUUCAAGAACAUCAAAGAACCCACACAGGGGAGAAGCCUUUUGAAUGCUUACUGUGUGGGAGGAGAUUUGGUUUCAGUGCCACUCUUCAAACUCAUCUAAGAACCCACACAGGAGAGAAACCUUUUGAAUGUUCACUGUGUGGGAAGAGAUUCAGUCGUACUGGCCAUCUUCAAACCCAUCUAAGAACCCAUACAGGGGAGAAACCUUUUGAAUGCUCAGAAUGUGGGAAAGGAUUCAGUCGCAGUGGCACUCUUCAAACCCAUCUAAGAACCCACACAGGGGAGAAGCCUUUUGAAUGCUCAGAGUGUGGGAAGAGAUUCAGUCGCAGUAGCACUCUUCAAACCCAUCUCAGAAUCCACACAGGGUAG